AUGGACACAAGAGUCGCAUGUAUGCGACCAAGCUUCUCAAGCAUAAAGGUCCGCCAUGAUUCGAGGUUAUACCAUGCGAUUGAAGGAUCUGUCUGGUCCGAAGAAACGGUCCCAAGACUGCAUACUUGGUCAGGAAAGAAUGGACACCCCCAUCCGUCUCACUUCAAAUGUUCCUUCAGUGCCCCGAGAGAUGGAGACGCGGCGACCAAGGAGCCAAUUAGCAUCUGCGAUGUUCCUUUUAUGGAUGAGGGUUAUCAACGCCAAACGGGACUGGUCUCGGAGAUGUUCCCUAUCGAUGGGCAACCCAAUGCCGGUCUUGUUUUGGGGCCCAUGUAUCUCGUUAUCAAUGCCACAGGUAAUCAGCGAGGCUGGCAAGAGUUUGAUGGGGAGGAAAUAGAUAUCAAAACCGAAAAUAUGCUCACCGACAGCAGUGAGUGGGUCACACUGCAAACUUAUGUUGGCGGUCUGCCCAUUGGCAUUCGCAUGACCCUUUGCUCCUUCGCCCCGCAGGUCCAAGACCUUAACAUUACGGCUACGAGGUCACAGGGUGCUGCUGAGGUAACUACACGCUGGUUAGACUCAUCCAACAUGUACGACACAGAGGAUAUCCGGACACAACUAGGAGUUACUACGCACCUUAAAUCCAACGUCGACCGUGGAAUAUUCAAGCUUGCAAAGAAGGAUUCAUGGCUUAUCCCACACGUUUGGUAUAAUGAUAACAAUUCAAGCCUGUUGGUCGCCAAGACGCCGCCAGUAGAUCCGAUAGCGAUUAGGAACAGCGCUUUCACCGGCCUUCCGGGUGCGGCGAUGGAUGAUUCUACCGUUGAAAUGAACCUACCAGACGACAGUGGGUUCAAAUACAGCACUGCCGACGACCACAUUGAUAUCCGCGCCGUUACACUACGACGCUUGCAUGCCGCUGUGUUCACAGCCACGAUAAAAAACACAGGUAGCGCAGCCUGGGCAAUCCAGGCUCUUAUUACGACUCUCUUCAGCAUGUCCUAUUACGACUUUAUUACCCAAUUUAGCGUUUCAGCACCAGCAGAAUUGGAGGUAAAGCUGACAGCCACGCGGCCAAUGUCUUUCCGGUUCUUUAUAAUUGUCUUAAUAAUUAUAGCAGUACAUCUCUCAGUUAUGAUCUUUAUAACAGCAUGGUUUUUACAACACGCUUAG